UCAGUAUCAUUUAGGCAGAUUGUUGGAGUGGUUCGUCACAUCUCGAGUUGUAGGAGAAUGUGGAUUUUAUUGACUUGGGAAGCUCUCAUUGAAAAGAGAUGCCGUUUCUCGCAAUAUGCAUAAGGCAAAUAUUUCCACGAUUGUUAAAUAUUGAUUAAAUAUUGCAUUUUAGUUUCAGAGGAAGCUCAUGCUGCUAAAUAUAUGUAUUUUAUAAAUGUAGAACAGUGAUAUUUAUUUUCGGUUGCAAAACAUCAAAGCUCAGACUAGUGCAGAAAAAAAAGAAGAGACCCGGUUGAAAAUGUAAGAGGAUUUGAUUUUGCAGCCAGUGAAAAGAGAUUAUGCCGACAGCAGUGGAAGUUAAAUUGUGCUGCAUAUAAAAAAUGGGCGGAUUGGUCUUUAGAUGAGAGAUUGGUACCACCUUCUAUUCUAAAAUAAAAUCUCCUUGGCAUGAAGUCACAGCCUAUUUCACAUCCGGUUUAUCCAGGGACGUAUUUCUAUUGUCUAGGUAAAGAAACAGCUUUAUUUAGCUGCAAUCUCAGUAUUUCGAGUAGAUUUUGCGUUUAGAUUACCAAUUUACAGGAACCGGGAAGAGUUUAACUCCCCAGACCGAGGAAUAGUGAGCUCGACCUGCGCAAACUGAGCAUCAUCAAUCGCUGCUCGAGCCUUCAGCUACAAUCCAGCAGAUCUGAGAUCUAUGAGGAUUUUUCUCAUCGAAACCGUGUAGAAAGUUUAAAUUUCAGUUAGCAGUCCAUACCAUGAGGAGAACUGCAAUGUUCAGUCACAGCACAUGGGCCUGUCUGCUGUUAUUACAUGUGCUCUCUGGAAAAAGUCAUGGACAGACACCCAAUCUUGAAGAGGUAAAGGACAACACCACAGUGUUUACAAGGAUCCUGGAUAGUCUUUUGGAUGGAUAUGACAACCGUCUGAGACCAGGGCUUGGAGAGCGCAUAACUGAAGUGAAGACUGACAUCUUUGUCACAAGUAUUGGUCCUGUCUCAGACCAUGACAUGGAAUAUACAAUUGAUGUCUUCUUUCGCCAAAGCUGGAGAGAUGAGAGAUUAAAAUUCAAGGGUCCGAUGACAGUUCUCCGUUUAAACAACCUUAUGGCCAGCAAAAUCUGGACGCCAGAUACAUUCUUCCACAACGGGAAAAAAUCUGUGGCUCAUAACAUGACAAUGCCCAAUAAGCUGCUACGUAUCACAGAGGACGGAACUCUUCUUUACACAAUGCGAUUGACUGUGAGGGCAGAAUGCCCGAUGCAUUUGGAAGACUUCCCUAUGGAUGCUCAUGCCUGUCCUUUGAAGUUUGGCAGCUAUGCCUACACUCGUGCAGAGGUUGUAUACAUAUGGACACGAGGUGCAGCACAGUCAGUAGUUGUAGCUGACGAUGGUUCACGACUUAACCAGUAUGAUUUGCUGGGGCAAACUGUCGACUCUGGGAUUGUCCAGUCCAGCACAGGAGAAUAUGUUGUCAUGACUACACACUUUCAUUUAAAGAGGAAGAUUGGUUACUUCGUCAUUCAGACCUAUUUACCCUGUAUAAUGACAGUGAUUCUAUCCCAAGUCUCAUUUUGGCUCAACAGAGAAUCUGUUCCUGCAAGAACUGUAUUUGGAGUAACCACCGUGCUGACCAUGACCACACUGAGUAUCAGCGCCAGGAACUCUCUUCCCAAGGUGGCUUAUGCCACAGCCAUGGACUGGUUCAUUGCAGUCUGCUAUGCGUUUGUGUUCUCUGCUCUAAUUGAGUUUGCUACAGUGAAUUAUUUCACAAAGAGAGGCUACGCCUGGGAUGGGAAAAGCGUUGUGCCUGAAAAGCCAAAGAAGAAAAAAGAAUCUCUCAUCAAGAAAAACAACACGUACACAGCAAGUGCAUCAAACUAUGCUCCAAACAUUGCCAGAGACCCUGGUUUGGCAACCAUUGCAAAAAGUGCUGCUACCACUGACUCUAAAGAAGGAGAACCAAAACCCAAGCCUCCAGAAGCCAAGAAAACCUUUAACAGUGUGAGCAAAAUUGACCGGAUGUCCAGAAUAUGCUUCCCUCUGCUCUUUGGAACCUUUAAUUUAGUCUACUGGGCAACCUAUUUAAAUAGGGAGCCAGCAAUCAAAGGGUUAUUUCAACCCCACUAAUUUCAUUGUUUUUUUUUUUUUGUUUUAUUGUUUUUUAAAUGUUCAUUUGGAGCAAAGGUGUGUAAACUUUUCUGAGAUGGUCUAGUUCCCAAUUACUGCAUUGCUUCUAUGUUAUACACAAAUUUAAGAUUUUACCUCCAAAUUUAAAAAGGCGAGAGUCUAAUCCUAGGUUCUUGGCAAUGUGGUUAAAAUUAAAUGGGACUUUUUAGGAUCGUUGUGCUACUACUAAUUAUGCUACAAUAAUAUAUACGCAAGAGAAUGCUAAUCUACAUAUGCACAUAGCCUAACAAUUUUUUUUGUUUUGUUAUGUAUUUAUUUAUUUAUUUAUUGCAUUAGACCAUUAACUCUUAAAUACAUUCAUGUACAAAUUGUUACGUAACAGAUAUAUUUGCAUGGACUGUUUUUUGUUUUUUUUUCCUGUUUUGGUUUGGAUCACUAAAUGCUAACUUAAAAAUAAGUCAGAUACUCUACCAUUACAUUUUACAGGUGGUUUCAGUUUUCUUUACUUGUAAUACAUAAUCAGGAUAGGGUUUCUGCAAUAGCAAUAAAUACAUGAUGUCUCAGCAGAUACAUUUGAUUUCCAUACAUGGUUAUUUUACAAAACUUUGAUUAUAGAAUACUUAAUAAAGCAUAAUGUUUAUUUGUAUUUUAUUGUAAAUAGUAUCCAGUGUUACAGAUGUUAAUAUUAAGUUUAAGCUUUGCAAACACUGUAAUUAAGAAGAAUAACUUAACCCAAGAAAGAAGAUGAUGUCAUUAUUAUUUUAUAUUGAAGUACUGUGUAUGAAAUGUGACAUUGAAGGUCAGACAGUUAUGUAAAGAGGGAGUAUUUAUUGGUUCACUUCCAAGCGGCUGUUAGUGUUCCUCUAAAUGCUAGCUUAUAAAAGUUACCAAUGAUGAUUUAAAAAAAAAAAAAAAAAAAACAUAUACAGUAUAUAUAUAUAUAUUGAAAAUGGUGGAAUGGUGAGUAAGAAUGUAAAUGUAAUAUUUAAUGUCGGAAUGCAUUUUAUAUUUAGAAUUAAAUCACUGUUAUUCUUUACAUUUGGUUCCACUUUCUAUGAGACCUUCCAAAAAGCUAAAGCGACCCUACACAUUUCGCCAAUGAAGUGCUGUUAAUUAUUGCAUAGGCCUAUCACAACACACUGUUCCAGUGAUUGAAGAGCAGUGCCUUUUCACAUUUCGAGGGUACUAAGGAAUUGAUGCACCAUUUAAGGCAAGACUUCCAGAUUCACUUCCAUUUGAUAGUUUACCCUUGCCUCCCACUCUUUGGUCCUGUCAUAUAGCAUACAAGCUACACUGCCUUCAAUUUGCGAUGCCAUUGUAUGUCUAAAGCAUGUCGCACAGGACUAAAAAUCUGGUGUCCUCAGAGUUGGUCAAAAGCAGAGGACAUCCAGUAACCUCCCAGACCUGGAUUAGUUUUCAUCAAUAAAAAUCUGUAAUUUCAAAAUGAAAUGUGAUGCUGAGGCCAGAGUAGGCACUGAAACAGGGUGUAAAUAAUUAAUUUCA